CCUGGAUCCGCACCUCUGCACAGCACAAACCUAGCUCCCUCUCUCAUUGGCUUCAGGUGUAGAGCCAGCCAGCAGUACCAUAUAUGGGCCAAGCCAUGCCCAUUGCUGUGUUGGUCCUCGCAAUGACCAUCGUAGUACUCAAUACCACACACCUGCUCAGCUUGUCACCCAUCCACCUCCUCCUUGUCGGCGUUCUUCCCGCCGUCGUGGCCGCGGCGUACCUCAUGAACCGCCCCCGUACCGUGUACCUCGUCGAUUACGCCUGCUUCCUCCCAAGUCCUAGCUGGCGUUUCCCCAUCUCCACCUUCGUGGAGCACGUCCAGCUGAUGCCCUUCUUUGACGACCCCAGCGUCCGCUUCAUGGCGCGCACGCUCGACCGCAGCGGCAUCGGCAACGAGACCAGCCUGCCCCCCGCUCAGCACCACAUUCCACCGCGCAUCAGUCUCAACGACUGCCGCGCCGAGGCGGAGCAGGUCAUCUUCUCCGCGAUCGACGACCUGUUCGCCAAGACGGGCAUCGCCCCGGACACUGUCCAGGUGGUCGUCGUCAACUGCAGCGUGUUCGCCCCGGAGCCGUCCCUCGCGGACACGAUCGUGCGCAGGUACGGGCUCCGCAGCGACGUCCGCAGCGUUAACCUGUCCGGGAUGGGGUGCAGCGCGGGCGUGAUCUCGGCUGGGCUGGCGGCCGGGCUGCUGCGGGCAAUGCCCCGCGGCCGCGGCGGGCGCGCCCUGGUGGUGUCCACGGAGACCAUCACGCCCAACUUCUACGUGGGCAAAGAGCGCGCCAUGCAGCUCUCCAACGUGCUGUUCCGUGUGGGCGGUGCCGCGGCGCUGCUGUCGACGGCGGCCGAGGACAAGGCCAGGGCGCGGUUCCGGCUGGCGCACCUCGUGCGGACCACCACCGCCGGCGCGGACGAGGGCGCCUCCUACGGGUGCAUCUUCCAGGAGGAGGACGGCGAGGGCAACGCCGGCGUCAAUUUAUCCAAGGAGCUCCUGUCCGUCGCCGGCAACGCCCUGAAGGCCAACAUCACGGAACUGGGCCCGCUGGUGCUCACGCUCUCGGAGCAGCUGCGCUUCCUGUGGUCUCUCGUCGCCCCGCGCAACCUGCGGAAGGUCAAGGGCAGGUGGAGGUGGGUGGUGAGGCCGCGCGUGCCUGACUUCCUCACGGCGGUGGACCACUUCUGCAUCCACUCCGGCGGGCGCGCGGUGAUCGACAAGGUGCAACGGAGCCUCGGGCUGUCGGACGUGCACGUGGAGCCGUCGCGCAUGGCGCUCCACCGGUUCGGGAACACGUCCAGCAGUUCAGUGUGGUACGAGCUGGCGUACGUGGAGGCCAAGGGCAGGAUGCGCGAGGGCCACCGGGUUUGGAUGAUCGCGUUUGGGUCCGGGUUCAAGUGCAACAGCGCCGUGUGGGAGUGCAUCCGCCCCGCGGACCACCCGGACAAGGCGUGGGCCGGGUGCAUACAUCGCUACCCGGUCAGCAAAUAUCCACAGACACGGACAUGAGAGCCGGCCAUAUCAAACCCUGUGCCCCUGUGCAUCAAACAUUCGCCUAUGUUUUCAUUUUCCUAUGUCCGCAACAAUCAAAACAAGUAUAGAUAUAUAGCAUAAUUAAUUCUUUGA